CUUACAAAGUUGUAAUCUCAUCCAUAGCUAAAAAAACUUGUAUCGAACAUUUGCAUUUAAAAAAUAUGUAGAUAAAAUUCAUCAAGUGUCUAACACUGACGAAAUUUGUGUUGUCGUGAUAAUAGUAAAAUAUUUUAUAAUUUACCUACCUGAUAACUUUAUUGCUUUUAUGAUAAAAAUAAAUAACUUUUUUGCUGCGAGUUUUACAAUAACUGAUAAAGUUCUCAGACGAUUAACGCGACUUGCACAACCCUUAUUCCGAAGGUCUUUUCACAUUUCACCAAAGUUAAACCAAGCUAUGGGGAUUGAUGGAAAUAAUAUACUGGCAGAAAGCUUAAAAAAACAGGGUAUUGAAUAUGUCUUUGGGAUUGUUGGAAUUCCGGUGAUCGAGACUUCACUUGCAUUUCAAGCUGCAGGCAUUAAAUAUGUUGGUAUGCGCAAUGAGCAAGCAGCAUGUUAUGCAGCACAAGCUAUUGGCUAUUUAACAGGUAAACCAGGAGUAUGCCUUGUUGUAUCGGGACCUGGUCUCCUACAUUGUAUUGGUGGUAUGGCCAAUGCACAGGUGAACUGCUGGCCGCUUUUAGUCAUCGCGGGUUCUUGCCCAGAAGAUCAUGAAGGCAUUGGAGGCUUCCAAGAAUGGCUGCAGGUGGAAUCCAGCCGUCUGUACUGCAAGUACGCGUUCAGGCCGCCGUCAGCGCGACUCAUACCUUUGCACGUGGAGAAGGCCGUCCGGUAUGCGUCCUCAGGCAGACCUGGUGUGUCCUAUCUGGAUAUGCCUGCUACUUUGCUCAUGGCUGAAGUAGAUGAAGAUAAAGUACCUCUGGAUUACUACGCGACAGGACCAGCGAGGCUAGCACAUCCUGACCCAGAACUUGUCGAACAAGCUGCAGAUUUACUUUCUAAAGCUGAGCGACCACUUAUAAUCGUGGGGAAGGGAGCUGCCUACGGAAAAGCCGAAGAAUCCUUGUGCAAACUUGUCAACGUUACAAAAGUCCCCUUUUUACCGACGCCUAUGGGCAAAGGCGUAGUUCCCGAUAAUUCCGAGUUCUGCGUGUCCACGGCCCGCACACAGGCAUUAUUGAAGGCUGAUGUCAUAUUACUGCUAGGAGCAAGAAUGAACUGGAUGCUGCACUUUGGUCAGACGCCAAGAUAUGCACCUGACGUUAAAAUCAUUCAGGUUGACAUAACACCAGAAGAAUUACAUAACAGCGUUAAGUCCGAAAUAGCUGUACAUUCCGACAUAAAACCAUUUGUAGAUGCGUUAACUCGAAAAUUGACUGAGAGGAAGUACUCCUUGCCAACGUCCAGCGGCUGGUGGCAGGCUCUAAAAGAAAAGCAAAAGAAAAAUACGGAAUUCGUAGAGGCACAAUCUAAUGAUAAAUCUGUACCGUUAAAUUACUAUGCAGUAUUCAAAACGGUUCAAGCGAAUAUACCCAAAGACUCAAUUAUUGUGAGUGAGGGAGCUAAUACCAUGGAUAUUGGUAGAGGACUGCUCUUAAAUAACAAACCAAGACACAGACUUGAUGCAGGGACAUUUGGAACCAUGGGAGUAGGCCCUGGCUUUGCUGUUGCAGCAGCAAUGUGGUGUCGUGAUUAUGCUCCUAAUAAGAGAGUUAUUUGUGUCGAAGGUGAUUCAGCGUUCGGUUUCUCAGGAAUGGAAAUUGAGACUAUGUUCCGGUACAAACUACCAGUGAUCAUUGUUAUUGUUAAUAACAAUGGAAUUUAUAGUGGAUUUGACAAAGAUAUGAUGAAAGACAUUCAAUCCAGCGGAGAUAUCGCUCAAUGCACGCCACCUACAGCAUUAUCAACUGAAGUUCGAUACGAGAAGAUGAUGGAAAUGUUCGGUGCUACUGGUCAUCUCUGUCGCACUGUAGAAGAAAUAGAAACUGCUCUAAAGGCUGCUGUUGCCGUGACUGAUAGACCUAGUAUUAUUAAUAUACUGAUCAAUCCACAAGCUAACCGAAAACCACAAACUUUCAAUUGGCUCACUGAAUCAAAGCUAUGAUCUUAUUAAACACUAUAGGCCUUACAUAUAAACAUUGUUUAGCGGUUGUUUAAUUAAAUAUCGAUUUCUCUUUCUGUCAUUAUUGAACGAAGAAAAUUGCUUAACUAAUCACAAACCCUAAAUAACAUUUACAGGUAAAGCUGUAUUUUUUUAUUAAUGAAGAGGUGUAUGUAAAUUGGAAAUGGCAUAUUGGUGUUUGUAAAAGACUUAUUAUACAGAUUAAGGACUUGUUAUUUCAUUUUUGUAAGAUUGUAUAUUUUAUUUUCUAUUUUAAUGACUAUAUGGGUGGAUGUUGUUAGGUAUUUUACAAAUAUUUUGUAUAUUGGUAAAUUUUACUUGUGAUAGAAUAUUUUACUAUGAGGUGAUGAUAAAUAAAGAACAAUAAUGAAGGUUUAAUUCAUAUAUUGUCUGUCUAUUGAGUCACAUAACAUCACAUGUUUUGUAUAAGUUGAACUUAAAAUAUAUAUUAAAUACAUUUUAUAUUAUAAACUAAA